UGAUAUAGGGGAUAUGGAGUUGAAGUCACAAGAAGAUUCUAAGAAGUUAAAGAGCCUUUCUUGGUAUUAUGCCCUAAUAGGGUUGCUUCUGAGUCUCAAUGUUGCCGUAUAUCUAAAUGGAUAUUCAAGAAAUGUGAAGAAAUUUAUCGAAAAGGAAACUGAUCAAAUGGUACCAGAUAUUUUGAUCAGCAAAACCCUUGAAGGAAUCAUCACAAUGGCAAUCAAAUUUCUCAAUUUCUUCAUUGCCAAAUUGUUCCAAUUUAGAUAUCAUGUGCCACUGCAAUCUGCAUCUUCUUUCAUGCCACUGCUAUUUUGGGUGGUGUUGACUCACUCAGUCUCAUCUUUGUAUUCUUAAUUAUUGGAUAUUGAGUCCUAAGUUUAACAAUGUGAAUAUUGAUGUUGUGCAUGCAUUUCGUAAGUUAAAUUAGACAGGAUUUAACAAAAUCGAUGAGUGAUUGUAAUCGUAAUUAUGUCUUAUCGUGUCUUUUGACAUGUUAUUGUGACGUUAACAUGUAUG